ACAAAUCUACGGGAAAUAUACUUGUAAAUUUUGUUAAAGUUCAUAGCAGAAGGUAGACCAAUAUUCUGGUAUAAAUACACGAUGAGAUUCACAUACAAUCUUCACCAGCUCCCCUCUCUCUCUCUCCUUCUCCUAUCAAUAUUCAAUACUUAAAAGUUAAACAUGGAAGAAUCGUAAACCAGGUAGGGCUCAACCACCAUGUCAUUCUCGUACUCCACUUGCUUUCCCGACUUACUUUAUUCCGAAGAAUCCGGCGACGUUAUCUCCGGCGGAAUAUCCUCAUCGGUUGAAAAGGACGAGUCGAUAAUCGCCGGAUUUAUCGAAGAAGAGCGAAACUCCGAUGAAGGCGUUUUGGAUUCUUCUGCUCUCUCCUCUUCACUUCAAGAUUCUUCCGCUCGUUCUCGCUCCGUUGCAUGGAUUCUCAAGGUGAGAGCGUUCUAUGGUUUUGAGGCAGUGACAGCAUACCUCGCUGUCAACUACUUAGAUCGCUUUCUGAGUUGCCAUCAUCUACCGCUUUUUGAAAUGCAGCAAACAGGUGGGUGGCCAUUACAACUUUUAUCGGUUGCAUGCUUGUCACUAGCUGCCAAGAUGGAGGAACCUCUUGUUCCUUCCUUGUUGGAUCUUCAGGUGGAAAGUGCUAAAUUUGUUUUUGAGCCAAAGACGAUUCAAAAAAUGGAACUUCUUGUGCUUGGUGUUCUAAAUUGGAGAUUACGACUAGUUACACCGUUUACCUUCAUUAGUUUCUUCGCUUACAAGCUUGAUGCGACGGGAUCUUAUGCAGGCCUCCUAAUAGCGAGAUCAACCAAUAUUCUCCUUUCUAAUUUACAUGCAGAGGGCAGCUUUCUGGAGUAUUGGCCAUCAAGCAUAGCUGCAGCUGCCAUACUUUGCGCAGCAAUUGAAAUGCCAAGUUUGUCCUUUGUCACCCUUGAGCAUGCUGAGUCAUGGUGUGAUGGGCUGUGUAAAGAAGAGGUUGAGAAGUGCUACAAGUUAAUGAAACAGUAUGUGGUGGAUCAUAGCAGAAGGAAGUCCAUUAAAGUGAUACCACAAUUGAGAGUAACAGCACAAAUAAUCACCAAAACAAGACCUUAUAAUAACGACUCAUCUCAACCUUCAUCUUCCACCUCCUCAUCAUCACCUUUUUCUAAUAAAAGGAGAAAAUUAAACAAUUACUCACUGGCUCAUGAUGAUGAUCAUGAUGUCUAGAAUCCUCAAAAAAAAAUAAAGAUAAUAGGAAUAGUUUUUAUUUUUUUAACUUUUUGAGGCUUAUUCUGCAAUGCCAUUGGAUUAAAAAAAUGGCGUUUGUAGACUCCCAAGGGUAUUGGGAGUUUGUCUAGUACAUUGUAUAUAUAGAGAGAGAAAGAGUGGGAGUAUUGGAAGUGGGGAGUUGAUUAUGCAAAUUCAAAGGUUGCAUUGAUUAAAAGAAGGAAAAUUUUCCUUUUGUUAGCAGCCUAGCAAGUAGCAAGGGAGAGUUGUGGAGUCCAUAUUAUAUGUAUAGGUGAGAAAAAUUGAAGCUUGUGUAAAAAAUAUAUACUUCCUCCGUUUCGUUUUAAAUGUAAUAAAUGAAUGUUUUAUAUCUCACAAAAAAAUAUUCAUUUAUUGCAUUUAAAACGAAACGAAGGAAGUAUUAAGAUGUUUGGUCUUU